UCGAGAAACUUCGACGCCCCGAAUCAAAACACGCAAAACUUUAAAAACCCGAAUUCAAGAUCCGAAAAACACGGAUCCAAGAGCUCACGAAGGAAAAAUAAGCUUUGUGCCUACAAAAUCAGCUGCGGAAUUCUAUCUGAAGUAAUUGUGAAAUCGGAUUUAUCGCGACAUCUGCAAAACACGAAUAAAUUAUAUAUUCAAGGUCAGAUUGUGCAAGAUAAAGUUGUACGAUGUUGCGUCUAGCGUGCAGUAAGCAGCUGAUUACUCCGACGCUGUUGAAAUCCGCUGCUCAGCGGUUCCCGGUGCGCCAGCAGCAGGCAAUUCGGCAAUUCGCUCGCGAUGUGAAGGGCAGCGGAACAUCCAGCAGCAGCUGGACAACCCGUGCUGAACGGGUGUCACUACGUGACCGUGCCAUGGCUCCUCCCGGUCCCAACGCGUAUGCGAUUGGCAAGGGAGCGCUGGCCGGCGGUGCUGCCCUUGGUCUCGGUGCGCUGUGUUUCUACGGGCUCGGACUAGGAAGUGGCGCCAGUACGCUGGAGAACUCACACCUCUGGCCGGAGUACGUGAAGCAGCGCAUUCAGGACACCUACCUGUACUUCGGAGGCUCCUUGGCCAUUUCGGCGGCCAGUGCAAUGGCCGUGUUCCGAUCACCUCGCAUGCUAAGUCUAGUGUCGAGAAACGGAUGGAUGUCGAUUCUUGGAACAUUUGCAUUGAUGAUCGGAUCGGGCAUGGUGGCUCAAUCGAUACCGUACAGUCCAGGCCUCGGUAGCAAGCAGGUAGCCUGGGCCGUACAUUCGGCCAUUCUUGGGGCCGUCAUUGCGCCUAUGUGCUUCGUCGGUGGAGCGAUCCUUACCCGGGCUGCCUGGUACACUGCUGGCGUUGUUGGAGGACUUUCCACGGUGGCCGUGUGUGCUCCGAGCGAUAAGUUCUUGUACAUGGGCGGACCGCUCGCCAUCGGACUGGGAGUCGUGUUCGCUUCUUCGCUGGCGUCCAUGUGGCUGCCCCCCACAACGGCCCUAGGAGCCGGAAUAGCUUCCCUGUCGCUGUACGGUGGACUGCUUCUGUUCAGCGGUUUCUUACUUUACGACACGCAAAAGAUAGUGAAACGAGCCGAAAUGUAUCCUCUGUACGCGCCACGGCCUUUCGACCCAGUCAACUCAGCAAUUUCGAUCUACAUGGACACGUUAAACAUUUUCAUCCGAAUCGUCACCAUCCUUGCGGGUGGUGGCGGCAGUCGUCGCAAGUAAAGCACUCUAAUUUAAAUAGUUUCUAUACUUUCUAAGCGUAACUACGAUUUGCAACGUUUCUGCAUCAGGUUUAACACCUAAUCAUGUGAUUAUUGCUUUGCAGAGAUCAAUAGAAAGCUUGUUCGAUUCAAUUCGAUCUCCCUUUCCUGGAAUGUAAAUAAAUUGGAGAAGAAACAUGUAGAAAGUUUAAAAUAUCCGAAGAAACAUG